GCGCAUGCGCGACGCGUAAGAUCCGGGCCUGGGGAAGGAUGAAUGCAAAUUUCAAAGAUGGCGGCGGAGGGAGGAGGGAAGGAGAUGAACGAAAUUAAAACUCAGUUCACCACUCGAGAAGGCGCGUACAAACUCCUCACACACUCCGAAUAUAGCCGCCCCAACAGGGUGCCUUUUAAUUCCCAAGGUUCAAAUCCCGUCAAAGUCUCUUUCGUGAACGUCAACGACCAGUCUGGCAACGGCGACAGAAUCUGCUUCAAUGUGGGCCGGGAGCUCUACUUCUACAUCUACAAAGGCGUCAGGAAGGCUGCUGACCUAAGUAAGCCAAUAGACAAGAGGAUAUACAAGGGAACACAGCCCACUUGCCAUGACUUUAACCACCUCACUGCCACAGCUGAGAGCGUGUCGCUGCUUGUGGGCUUCUCAGCUGGACAAGUACAGCUUAUUGACCCUAUCAAGAAAGAGACGAGUAAGCUCUUCAAUGAAGAAAGACUUAUAGACAAAUCUAGAGUGACAUGUGUGAAAUGGGUGCCUGGCUCGGAGAGCCUCUUUCUUGUAGCCCAUUCCAGUGGGAGCAUGUACCUGUACAACGUGGAGCAUGCAUGUGGUACUGCUGCACCCCACUACCAGCUGCUCAAGCAAGGCGAGAGUUACACUGUGCACACAUGCAAGAGCAAGUCAACACGCAACCCAUUGCUGAAGUGGACAGUAGGUGAGGGUGCGUUGAAUGAGUUUGCUUUCUCACCUGAUGGCAAGUUUGUGGCAUGUGCAAGCCAGGAUGGUUUCCUGCGAGUGUUCCACUUUGAUGGUGCUGAGUUACAUGGAACUAUGCGCAGCUAUUUUGGUGGCCUGCUUUGUGUUUGCUGGAGCCCAGAUGGUCGCUAUGUAGUAGCGGGUGGUGAGGAUGACCUGGUAACUGUGUGGUCAUUCAGUGAGCGGCGUGUGGUUGCUCGAGGACAUGGUCACAAGUCAUGGGUUAGUGUGGUGGCCUUUGACCACUACACCACCAGCGUAGAAGAGACUGAACCCAACGAGUUCAGUGGCAGUGAUGACGACCUGCAGGAGCAGGCACUAACGGGCCGCGAGCGUGCCAACAGCACACACUCGCGUCUCUCAAAACGAAACUCCACAGAUGGACGACCACUCAGCGUCACCUACCGUUUUGGAUCUGUGGGACAGGACACUCAGUUGUGCCUAUGGGACUUGACAGAGGACAUUUUGUUCCCACAUCUACCGUUAUCUCGAACGAGAACCCAUACCAAUGUCAUGAAUGCCACAAGUCUCCCAGUCUCUGGAAGUGGAGGAGGAGUAAGUGGAGGAGGAGUUGGAACAAUAAUCACAAGCAUCAACAACCCAAGUGCCAAUGGAGGAAGCAGCAGCAGCAGCAACAGUGGCUCUAAUACACCAGGCAACUCUGUGCCUGCACCGCUGCCACGCUCCAACAGCCUUCCUCACUCAGCUGCCUCCAGUGGCAGUGGCAACAGCAAAAGUGGCACGAUGGACAACACCAAUGCAGUUCCCUCAAGUGUAAGCAAGUUUGCUACACUGGCGCUGCAUGAGCGUAAGGAGCGACACCAUGAAAAGGAGCACAAGCGCAACCACAGCAUGGGCCACAUCAGCAGCAAAAGCAGUGACAAACUGCAUCUGCUCGCUAAGACAAGCAGAGCAGAUGCAGCCAAGACGCUGGGCACACCGCUUUGUCCAAGAAUGGAGGAUGUGCCACUGCUUGAGCCACUCAUUUGCAAGAAAAUAGCACAUGAGAGGCUCACCGUACUUAUCUUUCUUGAGGACUGCAUAGUCACUGCAUGUCAGGAGGGAUUUAUUUGCACGUGGGCCAGGCCUGGGAAAGUGGGUUUAUUGUCAUCCCAAAAUCAAGCCAACUCGCCCAGUGGAACAGUAGUAUAGCCACAAUAUUUCUGCUGCUAAGAACCCUACAUCACAUCAAGCUGUCAACAUACAGAGCCCUGUGCUGCUCUUCACGUUUAGAGCAUUGCGUCUUUUUUGUUCUCUCUUUCUGCCUCACGUCUGUUGUAUUUUCCCCAAUUUAAAAUGUCAUUGGUUGCCUCACAUGCACUGUGGACAUGCGAAUACUGUGCACAAAUGGAAACAGUGUGGUGCAGUGAUGGACUUUGGCCAUGGUGGUGUUGUGCCCCUUCCUUUUUCUCUUUUCAAAGAAAAGUAUUUAUUUUUGCUUCUUUUCUGUCUAACACAAACAUUUCACAUUUCCUUCCUGAUGCGAGUGUGACUGUGUUGAGGAAUUCAGUUGGAAGCUAGGAGCUAAAGAUAAUAUAAGGUCUUGCUUCCAUCCAGAUUAUUUUUUUCUUUGUUCUUUUCUUACAUAUGGAAUCACUCCCCCUAAACCCCACACUUUAAAAACUUUGCACUGAUUUUAUUUUUAUUUUCUCUUUUUUGUAACUACUAGAAAGGAUAAAAAGACAAAAAAACAAAUGAUCUAGGGAUGGCCUUGAUGCACUUGGCUUUAUUAUCCUCUGGCUUGAAAUUUGAAUCUGAAUAGCUGGAUGCUGCAAUCAAAAAUUUUUGUUUGUUUGUUUUUUCCCCUCUUUUUAUUUUUUUCCCCCCGUCUUCCCCUUUUUUUUUUUUUUUUUUUUAAAGAAAAUUGUUUGCACUUAAUAGUUUAUUAGAAGAGAAUGGCUUUACAUUUUGUGUGCAAGGACUCACAGACUGGUAUAACGUGGAGAAAUGAAAUGAUUUAAAAAAAAACAAAAACAACUUUGUAUCUAUUGAGCAUUUAUUUUAAUAUUGUUUCAGAGUAAAAUCUGCUUUGUAUUAUAUGUAUAAUAUUGUAAUUCAGUGAUUUAACGGGGCAAAAGCAAAUGAUCAGUACUACUCUAGUGGACGUUUUGUCAUCAUUAAAGGAAAUAGUGAUAUUUCUAAGGCAGAAAAAUUCACAAUGAUAUUAAAAAAAUCUUGAAUAUGCAGAUUUCUGCUAUUUUUUUUUCUUUCCUCUUGACUUCAUCCAGAUGUAUUUUGAUAUAGGAGAUUUAUGUGUCAAAAGGCUUAAACCUUUUAGCAAAUAUGUUUGUUAUAAAUUCACAAAAUGCAGUGUUGUCUGCAAACAGCUGAACUCGAAAAUUCUAAUGUGUGAAGCUCAGGAAGUCUGGCAGACAAAAAAAAGUGUGUAAUAAGAGUUGGUUUUUUGUUUUUUUUUGUUGUUGGUUUUUUGUUUUUUGUUUUUUUUUGCUUAGCAGCAGCAAUGCUAUUCUGCAUAACGCUACUAAAUCACCCCACUAGGAAAUGACUUCAGUAGUUAUGAAACUGAUUGGUAAUACCUCACCAUGUGACAACACCUAAUGUUUUAAUGUACCUUUUUGUGACUACCGGUCAUUGUUAAUACACCACACAGUGAAUCCACACUAACUGGGGAAGGCGAGGAUGCUACAGUGGUCACAUUUUAUGUUGUUAACAUUUUUACCGUUCACAUUUUGUUCUUCAUUAAAAACAAAGUUCAGUGA